CUUACUAUCGUCUAACUCUAUCACUUGGAUGUUGAAAGUCUUAGUUUAGGCUUUUGGUAGAUUUAAUCUCUAUUUUAGUAUAUACUAAACACUGAUCCAAUAUCCACAGUUCCGAAUACAUUAUAUUAAAAUAAAAUCCUUUUAAGUUUUAUAUUUAAAUUUUACUAGCCGAUCGUAUUUUACAAUGUCGCACACCAUUUUGCUGAUUCAGCCAGGCAACAAACCAGAAACCAGAACUUAUUCCGAUUACGAGUCUGUAAAUGAUUGUAUGGAAGGAGUUUGUAAGAUUUAUGAAGAACAUUUGAAAAAAUUAAAUCCAAAAUCUGUAUCUAUAACAUACGAUAUAACACAGCUGUUUGAGUUUAUUGACCAUUUGGCUGACCUAUCAUGUCUUGUAUACCAAAAAAGUACAAUGACAUAUGCUCCAUAUAAUAAAGAUUGGAUAAAAGAAAAAAUAUAUGUGUUACUUAGAUGCCAAGCUAACCAACGCCAAUAAAGAUUAAAAUAUAUUUUUCCUAAAAUUAAUUUGAGGCUGUUUUCCUGUCAAUAUACUAUGAUUAAUCGUUAGAUAAUCGAUCCCAUGGUUUAAUGUAACAGGAUUUAUUGUAAGUUGCUAAUGAGUGACAUGCUUGUAAUGAUAUUUUCCCCUGAA